UUCCUUGUUUUUCGGGUCAAAAAGUAUCCAUUAAUCUCGUAAUUGGACUCACACUUCAGUGUCACUCUUUCUUUCUUUCUUACUUCCACUCUAUUCCACUAAGCACUCUUCUUUAUUUCUCCCUAACUAAUGUGAAGAACUUUGCUAUAUUCGGAUCCAGGGUUGGAAGGCGUUUUACAGAACAGGCAAAGUUGGUCUAGGGAAGAACCAGUUGUGAUAUCUUGAUUUCCUCGUGAACCUUCAGCUCAGAGUUCCAUUCCCGGAGUAGUUAGACAGAAUUGGAGAAUUCAAAAGAAUGGAAGAAAUACACUCUCAAUCAGAUCAUUAUAUGUCUCCAUCUUCUACAGCAAGUAGUCCAGCUAGUAGGGUGCCAUCAAGUAAUUUCUUCUACUUGCGGAAACCUGGCACACUUAGACAACCAAUUUCAUUUGAAGAUUCACCUGUUUGGGAUGAGACAGAUAUAGAGGUCAAAGAGGACGAAGGAGGUGAUUCUAUUAAUGCUGCGACUACGCCACCCUCCCCUUCCCUGUCAAAGGUCAAUAGUGGUUCCUCGCCGUCUCCUUCUUUACCGGAGAGGGAAGUUAUUACAAGGAAGAUUGCAGGAGCUUCUAUUGCCUGGAAGGACUUGACUGUAACUAUAAAGGGAAAAAGAAAAUACUCUGAUAAGGUGGUCAAGAGUUCGCAUGGUUAUGCAUUACCUGGAACAAUGACUGUCAUCAUGGGUCCCCCCAAGUCAGGGAAAUCAACACUCUUGAAAGCCCUAGCAGGAAGGUUACCUGAUUCAGCGAGAAUGUAUGGUGAGGUGUUUGUAAACGGGACAAAAAGGCACAUGUCGUAUGGUUCCUAUGGAUAUGUUGACAGAGAAACUACUCUUAUUGGAUCAUUAACUGUGCGUGAAUUCCUAUACUACUCAGCUUUGCUUCAGCUUCCUGGUUUCUUUUGUCAGAAAAGGAGUGUGAUGGAGGAUGUUAUAGAUGCUAUGUCACUGGGAGAUUGUGCUAAUAAACUUAUAGGUGGCCACUGUUACAUGAGAGGCCUUCGCAGUGGUGAGAGAAGGCGUGUCAGCAUUGCCCGGGAACUUGUCAUGAGCCCACAUAUUUUAUUUAUCGAUGAGCCCCUUUAUCAUCUUGACAGCGUUUCUGCACUUCUGAUGAUGGUUACAUUGAAGAAGCUUGCCAACUCUGGCUGCACUCUGAUAUUCACCAUUUGCCAAAGCAGUACUGAAGUAUUUGGCCUUUUUGACCGAAUUUGCCUCCUAUCAAAUGGAAAGACAUUGUUCUUUGGUGAAACAUUGGCUUGCUUACAGCACUUCUCGAAUGCUGGAUUUCCUUGUCCAAUUAUGCAAAGUCCUUCUGAUCACUUCUUGCGUGCUAUAAACACAAAAUUUGACAGGAUUAUUACGAUGUGCAAAAGCUGGCAGGAUAACCAUGGAGACUUAUCAUCAGUGAGCAUGGAUACUGCUGUUGCUAUACGUACCAUUGAAGCAGCUUAUAGAUCAUCGGAAGACGCUGCUGCUGUUGAGACAAUGAUAGUGAAGCUUACUGAGAAGGAAGGUCCAUCUAUCAAAAGAAAGGGAAUGGCAGGAAAUGCAACACGAGUUGCAGUUUUGACUUGGAGAUCUUUAUUGAUUAUGUCAAGAGAGUGGAAAUAUUAUUGGCUAAGGUUGAUUAUCUGUAUGUUUCUUGGCCUUUGUAUUGGCACUUUGUUUUCUGGAUUGGGGCAUUCCUUGUCGUCUGUCACGAUAAGAGCAGCAGCAAUAUUUGUAUUUGUUUCAUUCACCUCUCUGCUGGGCGUCGCCGGUGUACCUGCACAGUUGAAAGAAAUCAAGAUAUACACCUGUGAAGAAUCAAACCAGCAUUCUGGGGCAUUUCUUUUCCUACUUGGGCAGUUUUUUGCCAGCAUCCCGUUCUUGUUUCUCAUCUCCAUUUCCUCAAGUCUGGUAUUCUAUUUUCUUAUUGGGUUGCGGAAUGAGUUCAGCUUGCUGAUGUACUUUGUGCUGAAUUUCUUUGCGUGUCUAUUGGUAAAUGAGGGGCUGCUACUGCUUGUUGCUUCCAUUUGGCAAAAUAUCUUCUGGAGCAUCUUAGGUUUUCUGUCCAUACAUGUGAUAAUGAUGCUUUCCACUGGCUUUUUUAGAAUCAGAAGUGCUUUGCCUAGACCAGUAUGGAUGUACCCCAUUUCCUAUAUUGCUUUUCAUACCUACUCUAUGCAGGGACUGUUGGAGAACGAGUACGUCGGAACUUCUUUUGCAGUGGGGCAGGUGAGAACCAUAUCUGGUUACGAGGCUCUGGAAAAUGUAUAUGAUAUAUCUGAUGAUAGUAACUCUAAGUGGAAAAAUUUACUGGUACUGUUUGUUAUGGCUGUUGCAUACAAAGUUCUUGUAUUUAUUCUGCUGAAGUGUUGUAUCAGGAAAAAUCUCUGUGUCCACAAACUUUUCAUGUGUAACCAAAAUUCAAUGAAUUACAAUUAGAUGCUAUACUAUAGCAACUUCUGUUUCA